CUGGUCGACUUUGCAGUACUAGUUCUGAUGUCAUAUCUGGCACCUGCUGCCCCCUCAAAGGGAGCUAGUGACCUCCUGCAGUUCUCUAUCGACGCUUACACUAACCUUCAGAAGAAGAUGGACAACGAGGGCCAGUUCAGUGACUUCAAAGAUGCUUUUCGAAACAUUCAGUACGAAGAUUACAAGCAAGAAGGGAGGCUUGUAGCUAUAACCAAUAAGACAGGGCUCCUCCUUCAGCAACUCUCCAAACUAGUCUCCCUCACUGCUAAGAAGGCGGAGGAAGCGUUUUAUAUGACUCCUCCCGAUCCCAAUGUUACGUUCUAUGACGGUGAUCUGAUCCACCACGUUAUCCGCGGGAAUGCACGUGAACAACCCAACCUUAACUUUACUGGAAAGAAGGAGGACUUACCUUUAUCUGAGAGGGAUGAUCCGAGGUUUGGGGUAAAGAUAAACCCGUCAACGAGUGUGGUAAGAGUUGCAGUUGAUGUGUACAAGGGAGACUCCAGUGUGAAACAUGACAUUAAGAUGACUGCAAGACUUCAGAACCUCUACAAGAAACACUUUAACUUGUCUGAUGAGUUUCUGUUCCAGUACUUUGGUACCCCGAAUGGUGUAACAAGGAUGUACCCUGCUCAUCAUCUACCUGAGUUCAGAUACACUUACAGAGGAACUAGGGAUUACUACGAUCCAAGGGAGCGACACUGGUACAUAGAAGCAAUAUCACCGCCGAAAGAUGUUCUUUUCUUGGUCGACUUUUCCGGAAGCAUGGAUGGUAUUGCGCAGAGCAUAGCAAAAAAUCUGGUUAAAGUUCUCUUUAACCACUUACCAUCGUACGACUUCCUUAACAUAAUUGCGGUUAACAAGGACCCCUUCAUGCCUUCUGAUUGUUUUAAUUCAACCCUCGAAAAAGGAACAAAAGAAAUAAAAGAUAACUUGAAACAGUCCCUAGAUAAAGUGCAAAUAUACGGAAGAGCUAACUUUACUGCGGCAAUAGACCUAGCUUUCAAGGUGUUGAAGAGGUCUGAGAAAGCAGGUAAGACUAAUGGCUGCUCCAGAACCCUGGUUGUGAUAGGGGACGGUGAUGUAGGGAGUCAGAUAAGGGAAGUGUUUGAUGACAGAAACAAGGAGUUCAGUGCUACUGGUAAUCCUGUUAAAGUCAUCGUGUUUAGAACUACAACCACUAUGGAGAGAAACGAUCUGUAUAAGGUCGAAGAGCAGAGUAUAAUAGAGUUUGCUUGUGGAAAUGGUGGAGAAUACGUCAAACUCUCAGAUAACACUGACAUCUACAGUGCUGUAAGGAACUUUACUGACUUCUUCCUGCCGGAGUCUGUCCAUUAUGACGAGCUGAAUGGUAACCAACUACAACCGCUGUGGACACAUGUUUAUAAAAGUUACAGUAACCUGAGCCCUGCAGCCUCUCUAGUACAACCUGUCUUGGUAUCAAACGACUACAACUUCUACAGUUACCAUAAUAAAGGUGAAGAGUACACUGGUAAAAUAAUAACAAGACUGGAGAGGGAGAGAGUUCGGACCUCUCCAAAUUCUUCUUCUAAACUUCUAGGCGUUGUAGGGGUAGACUUCCCCAUAUUCGAGGACUUUGUGAAAGAUAAGAUACUAAGUAACUAUGUGAGAGUGAUAACCAGUAGAGGAGAGCACGUGAUAACACAUCCUGAUAUUACGGGUACUACCCGACAGUUCGAGUAUCAGCAGGUGGAAAGAGGACCCGACAAGGAGAAGAUAAGGGACAUGCAGGAGUCACACGGUGCGGGGACUGUCAAAUACACGGGGCUACAGGUCUUCCUAACCUCUAAACAUAACCCUAUAGGGAGGGAGAUACUAGUGGACACUGUUUAUAAGGUAAAGCCGAUGAUAGGGUCCCCGUUCACAGUUGGGUUGUCCCUUCCAGUCCGGCUAGACUAUCAAUACACCUUUUUCUCUCAAUCUGAUAUUGACCUAGGGAGGAUGGUACUGGAAACAAGCGAGAGUAAUAUUAUCUUCAGGAGCUUUAGGAAAAAGAAGUGUCAGGGUGUCUUACAGUACUUGAGAGACGAGUCGCAGAAGAGGUUGUUAGGUGAGAUGAUACUGACGGAGCUCCAGAAGCUAUCAAGUUCAGAUGAGAUCAGAUCCUCCCUACUCUGCCUAUACGAUCUGUACCUUCCUAGUCUUAUGGAGGGGUUUGCUAUGAAAAACAUAUUGAACUACUGGAAAUACGCUAUGGACCCAAAUGGACCAAAGAUUUUUUUCCAUUCUUCAACUGGAAAUAUCUUUGUCACUCCUCAAAUGACGGGAAACCCGCGAGAAACAACAGACGUGCAGGAGGAACACCAGUUUGUAAAGAUGACCUCCUCGGAUCCGGUGGAAGUGUUAUACCUCUCACUCCCCUCCUACUCCUCGGAUGAGGGGACUCUGCUGUUCAAUCUGAGUAGGAGGAUACCCCUACCUGACCAACAACACAGACCCGAUCAGAGGAGGGUGGCGGGGAUGUUGACCUAUCAGAUCUCCCACUCCGUCCUUCAGAACUCUCUGUGGGGUUACCACCUCACCAACGCCCUUAACUCCCCACAAGACGCUCUCUACGCUCUGGAUGAGCAUGGUUUCGUUGUAUUCGUGCUUACGCAGGAAGACAGCGAGAUACAACUGAAGAGUAUUGCUGAGUUCCUGGAGAGUUCUAAUCACCAUGACAACAUGAGUUACAGCUACAGGGACCACGUGUUCUUCGGGCAGAUCCAACCUGUCAUGAUGGAAGCACUUGUUGAACGUGGCAUUUACAAACGGCACACGUUAGACAAAUGCAAAGAGAGAUGUACAGAUGAGCUCUGUAGUCGUUACAAUCCUACCGGUAGCUCCCCCAGGAUCUCUAGUCUCUUUUCUACUAUCUGGUUCCUCUUUCAGCAGCUGAUGACGAAGUUACUGUUGAAACAGGGCCCUGAACCAGUAUCUGCAGCUAUGAAUUAUUGCAGAAGUGGAGCUGAGUCAUAUGGCACGUGUUGCGCGGCGUCAUAUGACAUGUGCUGCACGGCUCAUCACCUCUACACCAGGGACCUGCUGUUCACUAGCUCUGCCUCUUUUAGUUGCGACUUCAGGAGAUCCUCUGGGUUGUGCAACAGCAGACCUGUAUUAGUACAGCCGGUGGAAGGUUCCAACCUGCUGUUCGUGUUAGAUCCCGAUAAGAAGGGGAGAUGCGUGGCGUCCUCUAAACUGGCGAGAUCUGAUCCAACUUGUCAGGAUCACGUGAUACCUAUGCUUAUUAACAGAGAUCCGAGCUUGCAGAGUAACCUCAGUGUUUGUAACUUUGCGUAUUCGUCGCCCCAGCAACGUGUUAUCUCACCAACUUGUCUGAAGAGCAGGGCUGACCACGAGUGUAGUGGAACUCAUGGACAUUUUACCUGGACUUCAUGGCUUCUUACUUUCACUUUCACUUUUACUUUCACUUUCAGCUGGGACUGAUUUGUUAAGAUUCAGCCUCAUGUUUUAUAUGGGAUUAUUAUUAUUAUCGGGCUGUAUAUACAGUUGAAUUCUCGGCGAUUUAGUUAUUGUACAAUAAAUAUGUUUUUUAUACAAUAUUGAUUUAGAGAUAGUUAUAAAGUUAUGUGACAGCUUGCCUACACACUUUUGUAUAACAGAAUAUUAUCAGAAUUGUGUAUUACUAUUAUAGCAUAUAAAAAUUUAAUAUUUAUCACUGAUACUGUUACAGUAUUAGCCUAUUGUUUCUGGCAAAGAUGGUAGCUGCAGACUGCGGAUAUGGCCGUCAAGAGACCAAAUAAAAUCCCAACUAUACAAUAUAUAUAUGUUAAUUUAUUUGAUUUAAUUGAAUAUUUUAUUAUAUACACUGUGGUUGCCACUCCUUUUU